UCCACGUGGUGUCCAGAAUACCAUAAUUCCAAAUCGAAAUUUGGAUCGUAUAGAUCAGGCAGAUUCAGUUUUAGAUGGAGAAUAUGACUUUCCUGAUACAGCAGGUGAAGGCGUAAAUGUUUUUAUAGUGGACACUGGUAUAUUUAAAAAUCAUUCAGAAUUUAAAGGACGUGCUAAAUCUGGAGGCUUCUUUUGCGACGGUUGUGCUAGUGAUAAUGACGACAAUGGACAUGGAACUAAUGUUGCUGGAAUUGUAGCCGGUAAAAAUUUUGGUGUCGCAAAGAAAUCUACGGUUAUUUCUGUAAAAGUUCUCGAUGCUGGCGGUUUUGGUACCAUUUCGGGUGUUAUAGAUGGAUUAUUGUUCGUUCUAGGAGCUCAUAUAAAAUCAACAAACAAAAAUUCUGUAGUCAACAUGUCUCUUGGGGGCCCGAAAUCAGAUGCAUUGAAUGAAGCAGUAAAAGCGCUCACAGGUGCAGGUAUUCAUGUAGCUGUGGCAGCAGGAAAUGACGCUCUAGAUGCGUGUAAAUCAUCACCAUCAUCCGAACCAAGUGCAAUAACUGUCGGUGCAAUACAAGUUGACCCGAACGAUAAAAAAAAGAAUAAAAUCGCAUUUUUCUCUAACUUUGGAAAAUGUGUUGAUAUUUUUGCUCCAGGUCUCGGAGUUGUGUCAGCAGGUAUUUUUACUGAUUUUGAUAUUAGUGCAUUGUCGGGAACCUCUCAAGCAACACCCCAUGUUGCUGGUACAAUUGCUCUUAUUAUUGCUAAAAGCGGUAAUCAAAGUCCAGCAAAAAUGGCCACUACAUUGAAAGAUUUGUCGACUAAAAAUGUAAUAGAUUUUGGUGGUAACAAAGCUAUUGAAAAAUCUACUCCAAAUAAUUUGUUGCGCGUACCUGCACCAAAAUAA